AAAUUAAACAAAAUGAAGAUGAAGAUAUUGAUAUACAAGAAGAAUUUCUUAAAAUAAUUAAAAAAGAAGAAAUUGUUGACCAAUUUGAAGAAGAUGAAGAAGAUCAAAUUGCUAAUCAAGUUGCUACAAAUAUUAUUAAAGAUUUUAAUUCAAAUUUAACUGCAGAGGCUAAAGAAGAUAUUCAACAAGAAAAAAGUCAACAAAAAGAAAUUCAACAAAAAGAAAUUAUUGAAAUUGAUGACUCUUCAAAAACAAUGUCUGUUGAAUUUAACAAUUUAUUACAAAGAAGCUCAGGUUUAUCAGGUGUUUUUGAUAAUAUAGCUCUUAAAUCUUCUACAAGUAUGAGUAUUAGUAAACUUAGUGAAGAAAAAAUUAUAGAAGAAGAAAUUGAAUCUCAAACUGAAUUAGAAAAAGAUAAUAUUGAAUCUCAAACUGAAUUAGAAAAAGAUGAUAAUAAUAGUAGUAUAUCUAAAACUCAACAGAAAAAAACAAAUAAAGGAAAAUAUAAAAAAAUUGUUGAAUCUGAAAAUAAUGAUAGUGAUAUUGAUAAUAAUGAUGAUGAUGAUGAUAAUACUACUUCUGAAUCUGAACAAUCUGAACAAUCUGAACAAUCUGAUAAAGAAGAUUUAUGA